CGCCCCCCCAGCCGGCCAGCUGUCCCCCACGGGGCGGCUGGGACAGCCAGCGUCCAUUCCCCCCCCCGCGGUGGCCCCGGGGUGGCCCCGGGUCAGCGACCAUCGCCCUGUGGUGUCCCCAGGGCAGUCAGCUUCCUCCCAAGGUGGCCCUGGGACAGUGACCACGUGUCGUGUCCCCCCCCAUGAUGUCCCAGAGGCUGUGAGCUUCUUCCCACGGUGGCACUGGGACAGCCAGUGUCUCCCCUGUGGUGCCCCUGGCGUGGCAAGUGUCCCCCCGUGGUGUCCCCAGGGUGGUGAGCAUCCCCCCACGGUGUCCCCGGGCUGGCGUGUUGCAUGGUGGCAAUGCAGCGGGGCGGGGGGACGCGGGUGGCCCAGGGGACGCAGAGCCGAGCUGGUGACUCGUGCCGUGUCCCCACAGUCCUUCCAGGGCAGCCAUGGCCGUGCCUACCUGUUCAACUCCGUGGUGAACGUGGGCUGUGGCCCGGCGGAGCAGCGGCUGCUGCUGACGGGGCUGCACUCGGUGGCCGACAUCUUCUGCCAGAGCUGCAAGACCACCCUGGGCUGGAAAUACGUGAGUGCCCCCGCGCCCAGCACCCCUACCCCGCUGCGGGCGCUGCCUUGGGCACCCUAACCCCUACCGUGGGCACCACCCGGGGCACCCUGAGCCCACCCUGUGGGUGCUGCCCCAGGCACCCCAAAUCCCUGGUCUGGGCACCCCAAACCUGUAAUGUGGGCACUACCCUGGGCACCCCAAACCUUUGCUGUGGGCACCAGCCUGGGCACCCCAAAGCCAUGGUGAAGCCAGGACCCCUGGGCACCCCAACCCCACGGCCUGGGCAGCGGCGUGGCACCCCAUCGGGGGGGGGGGGGGUCUCACGCUGCCUCCCACCAGGAGCAGGCCUUCGAGAGCAGCCAGAAGUACAAGGAGGGGAAGUUCAUCAUCGAGAUGUCGCACAUGGUGAAGGAGAACGGCUGGGACUGAGGGGCACGGCGGGGGCACCCCCACCCAGCAGCACCCCUGCCCCGGCGGGCACCUGUGCUGGGGUGCUGGCGGUGGGUGCCCCCCCACCUUCGCGCCUCCCCAGUGCCCUGAGGGCACCUGGUGCCAGCCGGUGCCCCCCCUGUGGGGGCCGGUGCCCGUCACCAGCACGCGGGGGCUGUGGGGGCUUUUCUAGGGCAAUAAAGGCUUUUUUAUUUUAGGAAGGUGCUGGGUGUCACCUGCCCCCAGCGCUGCCACCUCCCCUGGCUCAGCCCUGGCACCCUGGGGUGAUGCCUGGCAUGCAGCCGGGGCCCCUGUGGGCGCCCUGGCGUGGAUGGGGCCAUCCCCGAUAGUCCCCAACUUGCCCCCCUAGCGCCUGGGCUGUCCCGUCCCCUCCCCGCAUGCAGGA